GCAGAGGUAGCUAGAGAGAAGGAUGGACGGCCCGUAAUUGUGUCAUCUGACCUACUCUAGUGCAAUAAGCUGCACACUGUUGGCAGUACCAAUUUUAACAGUGCCCCUGAAAGACCCUGUAGCCUGUAGUAGUCUGUAGCCGUCGCCACCCAAAAUCAAUUCAUUCAUACACUUAAUUGGCAUAUUAUUUCAUUGUCAUAUAUCCCAGCCAUGAUCCAUAUCCCUUCUAAAUUAUGCCAUAUUUCUUGUCAUGUCUUCAGAAUGUUGAGCCAAAGGAACAUAUAUUAGAGCGAGAGCGAGAGAGAUGGAAUUAAAGAUGAGAUGUGAGCAUAUAUUAUUGUGUUUGUGUGAGUGUGAGUGUGUACUGCUCACUCCGGCCGGCCUCCUGGAAAACAAAGAAAGCAGCUGGCUUAGCUAUAGAAGCCUAGGGAGUAGAGAGUGAGACUACUAGUAGCAGUGGAAGGAAGAAAGGAGACGGAGAGAAAGCACAGACAGAGAGAGCCAUAUGGAUGCGAUGCCGACGGAGAUCAAGGACAAGGAUGCGCAGGGCGACCUCGCCGACGUCGUGGCCCGCGCCAGCAAUGCAACGGCGGCGCCGGCGUCCACUACCCAUCGUCGUCACCAACCACUAGCUUCUGCUGCUGCUCAUCACAGGUCGCCAGCUGACCAGUAUCUAGCUGCUACUGACCAGCAGCAGCAGAUCAUGGUCUCUACGGGCAUCGAUGAUGCCGCGGCGAUGUUCGAGGCGGCGGCAUCGACGGUCGUCGUCGAUCCGUACCUGUCGGCGGCGGCCGUCUACGGGCUGCAGCCGCACCAGCACCAGCAGCUGAUGGCGGUUCAGAUCUCUCACCAGCAGUCAGCUCAGUACGUGUGCUGCGGCGCCGGAGACUUGGUGAUGGGCGCCGACGACGGCGCCAUGAGGAUCUCGCCACCUGCUGCUCCUCAGCACAAUCAGAUGAUCAAGAGAAAGAGCGAUGUGAGGAAGGUGGUGUGUAUCCCAGCACCGCCAGCCACGAGCAGCCGGGGUGGCGCCGGAGGAGAAGUGAUCCCAUCUGAUCUAUGGGCAUGGAGGAAGUAUGGCCAGAAACCCAUCAAGGGUUCUCCUUAUCCAAGAGGUUACUACAGAUGCAGCAGCUCCAAAGGGUGCAUGGCCCGGAAGCAGGUGGAGCGCAGCCGUAGCGACCCCAACAUGCUGGUCAUCACCUACACCGCCGAGCACAACCAUCCAUGGCCCAUGCACCGCAACGUCCUGGCCGGAUACGCCCGGGCACCGCCGCACGCCGUCGUUGCCGCAAGGAACUUCACCAAACAGCAGCAGGGCAAGAUCAUCGACGACAAUUUCGCUGCGAUUAGCCCAUCGUCGUCAUCCUCCAAUAGCUACAAUAAUUUUCACCUAGAGGCAGAGCUGCAGGCCAAUAACACGAUGGCGGUGGCGGCAGAAGGAGAUGGUAUCGGCGUCGGAGAAGAAGGUGGUGGUGGUGGUGAAGUGAUGUACGAAUUGGCUCCCUGCGGCAGCGGUGGCAGCGGCGGCCAGCUGCUGCAGGCUGAUGAGGUGUUCGCGGAGCUUGAGGAGCUGGAGCCUGCAGAUAGCUCCAUGAUGAUGAUCAGUAGUGCUGCAAACGUUUACUCCAGGGGGGUAAGUAGUAGUAGCAGUAAUUACGAGUGGCACAAGUUCUAACCACGCUUCUGAAGUUCUAAUCCAUGGAUUAGGAUGCAUGAGACAUGCUCCAUUUAAGAGAUAGUACUAUAUAUAAAUAUCGUAAAAUAUAUGCGGAUUUUUUUCUUCAUUUGUAACAACAGGAUAUAUAUACAGAUUACCGUAUAUUGUUAAUUUGCGCCUAUGAAUAUGAUGAUGCUACAUUGAGAAUGUGUA